UAGCAAAGGAUUGGACGGAAGCCUUAGAAAAUCUCGAGAUAUUUUAGUGAAAUUGAUCUCCGGACAUCCCGUAGCGAUGUAAAACGACGAGAGACAGUGGUAGAAUGGAGCGAAUUGUCGUGAAAAACGAGUUUUGAACGGAAGCCUGUGACCAAAACAUAUUUUCUCUGUGUGUAAGUCGUCGACUUCUUGCACCUGCUGUUUUUUUAUUGCAUUGUGUGUGUCUGGAGAAUAAAUUAAAAUCGAUCUUCAGUCAAAUUAAGUUCACACAUCGCGUCGUGCACACGGAAUACAGGUGGCAGCCAGCAUGAACGACAUUCAGAGACGUCUUACCUACAAUACUUGUCUGAUUUGUGGCAUCCGCACAAGUCAACUGGUGAAUAUCUUCGAAGAAGGUCGCGGAGGUCCCAAUUUGGUGGAUGUUAUCUACGAAAAGUACAAUAUCAAAGCUGAAAAUGACACAGAAAAGUUCUUAUGCUAUAGCUGUAACAAUUGGCUGAUAAACUGGUGGUCGCUGCAACACAAGAACGAUCAAGGGAACAAUCAGGCACACUCGUCAUCCAACUCGCCGUCAAAAUCGGAGCGAAAUCGCAAUGAAAAACGCUACACGACGAACAAGACGACGGACCAAAAGGAGAACGAGCAACGACGGAGGCCGAAUUUUCCGCUGGAGAGGGUGGUGGGGCGAUCAGCAGGCAACAACAGGCAAGUUCUAGCCGAUCUAGCACAUCAAAAUGCUGAAGUUGUCUCGUCAACGACAAAUGACGACGACGACGACAACACGUUUGAACUGAAACGUCGCCAAAAACCUUAUGCAAAAAAGUACAAGUGCAGCUAUUGCAAAAGUCGCUUUGCCACAGCUGCAUUGCGACAAGAGCACUUGCGACACGUGCACGACGAGAACGAGAACGCGCGAAAGUACAUUCUCAUGCCGAGUGAUUCGACGGAAGACGAAGACAUGACGACUUCCGCUCUCGUUGACGCCAAUAUCGUGGAAAUGCUGAGGAAACAAGGCACUCUCAUCACCCUCGAAAGCUCCAGCAGCCGAAAUCGGAAACCAAGACCGCCCAAAUGCACGAGUAGCGGCAUCAGCAGCAACACAAUUACCAAAAAUCACAAUAACGAAAUCUUGUUAGCGUUCGAUCGGGUCAUUACCGAGGCCAUAAUGGCAAAUUUAGAUACAUAUUUGUUGUCCACGCAAGAGAAUACUGGACUCCUUGUCUCGCCUUAGAACUUUUAGACAUUU